AGGGGAAGCCGGGGAUGGGGAAGCGGGGAUGGGGACGGGCGGUACCUGUUUUCCAAACCUCACGGAGCGGCUGGUGCGGGGCCAGGCAGGGCUGACUGACACCACGGGAGCGCAUCCAGCCUUCCCCACCGCCCGCAUUUGCAUAUGUGCCGUGGCUCCGGCCCGGGGAAAUGCCGCGCCACAAACGCAGACGUCGGCAGAUAUCCUGGGAACGCGGCCAGAUCUCCUCUGCCGCGGAGCCGCUUUAAGAUCUUCCCCUCCCGGCCCCGCGGCUCGGGCAUCCCCCGCGGAUGCUCUCGGGAGAGCCCCGACCCCAAUCCCGGCUGCAGGAACGGGUCCCGGCGCUCCCCGCCCCUCUGUCCGGCUCCCAUCAUUCGCCUGCAGCUCGGCGAGGAGACCGCAAGGAUCACCGCGGGCUCUGCUCCCAUCAUUCGCCUGCAGCUCGCCGAGGAGCCAGCAGGAACCCCCGCGGGCUCUGCUGCCACCCCCUUCGAGCUUCUCCCGCCCCGCAAUCCCGCUUUUCCACAGGGGUGAAGAUGAGUGCUGACGAGAUCCUGGUGUGUGCAGUAAAACUUGGAAAAAACUUCUGCCUCUAUUUUCUUGACGACGAUGAGCUGGAAUGUGAUGCCCUCUGCAAGGAAAAGGCCCUGCACAGAGUCCUUCGGAACGUGAACAGCCAGCUGCUGGUGGUUCGCCCAGAUCUCAACCUGGCAGCCUUUGAGGAUGUGACAGACCAGGAGAUGCAAUCUGGCCAAGGGAUGCACUUCACCAUCCACUGCUACAAAACCACCACCCCUGCAGCAGGGAUGCCUGUUGCCUUCAGUGUGCAGAUAGAAGACAAAAGUUACUACAUGUGCUGUGAGAAGGAACGCGGGGAAAUGAUCGUUCGGUUCAAGGAAGGAGAAGUUCCCAAAGACAUUCCUGGUGAAAGCAACAUCAUCUUUUUCAAAAAGACCUUUACAUCGAGUUGCUCCAGAGCAUUUAAGUUCGAAUACUCACUGGAAGAAGGAAUGUUCUUGGCCUUUAAGGAAGAAGGCUACUUAAGAAAAUUAAUCCUAAAGAGAUUGUCAGGCAAAGAUGGAGUGGAUGAAACCAUGAAGAUAAGUUUAUCUGAGUUCAGUCAAAAUUAAAGUCACAACCUGUGAUGACAGACUUCAACAGUGUUAAAAUAUAUUUUGGCUUUUUAUAAAAGAAACUUCAGUCUUUCUUUAUCCAAAACAAGCCAGUUUUCUGUUUUAACUACCAUAAGUCAGUACUUAUAAAAGAAAUAAACAUUUAAAAUAAUAAAUGCAAGUUUUUGACAAAAAAAGAAGCAGGAGAGUGUUUUCUACUCAGGUAGAAGAAAAUUACACAAUGAGGAAACAACAAUGUGAAUGUCUGUGUGUACAUGUAGAAUUUGAUCCCUAAAAUCUUUAAUGCCUGUUGAGCUAAUUGAAUGAGGUACCUCAGAGA